AUGAACCAGCAAGCCAGCAGCUUCUUCGAUAAACCGAAAGGUGGUGUUAUUGUUGCAAGAGAUUUCCUAAACCUUGAAUUAGCUCCAGAACAGAUGACUGAGGUUCCCGCUGGUCAGCCUUUCCAGCCGCAUCCAACAGACCUGGAUUCCAUAUUUAUGCUUCUUCAGGAGAACAUUACCACUUUUAUGACAGAAGAGCUGAAAAAGUUUCAAAGGGUUCUGAGUCAAAAUGUUUCAGAAGGUUUGAAUUGGCACAGUGAGGAUGAGGAGGUUGUAGAUGGUGAAGAUGAAGCGCAGAGGAGGAGCAGCAGAGAGGCACUUCUGAAGAUCACAUUGCACUUCCUAAAGAGAAUGAAGCAAGAUGAACUGGCUGAUAGUCUUCAGAGCAGAACUAUUGCUUCACUGAAUCAAUGUAAACUCAAAUCCAGCCUGAAGGAGAAGUUCCAGUGUGUGUUUGAGGGGAUUGCUAAAGCAGGAAACCCAACCCUUCUGGACCAGAUCUACACAGAGCUCUACAUCACAGAGGGAGGGACUGGAGAGGUCAACGAUGAACACGAGGUCAGACAGAUUGAAACAGCAUCCAGGAAACCACACAGACCAGAAACAACCAUCAGACAAGAAGACAUCUUUAAAGCCUCACCUGGAAGAGAAGUACCAAUCAGAAGAGUGAUGACAAAGGGAGUGGCUGGCAUCGGGAAAACAGUCUUAACACAGAAGUUCACUCUGGACUGGGCUGAAGGCAAAGCCAACCAGGACAUACAGUUCACAUUUCCAUUCACUUUCAGAGAGCUGAAUGUGCUGAAAGAGAAAAAGUUCAGCUUGGUGGAACUUGUUCAUCACUUCUUUAAUGAAACCAAAGAAGCAGGAAUCUGCAGGUUUGAAGAGUUCCAGGUUGUGUUCAUCUUUGACGGUCUGGAUGAGUGUCGACUUCCUCUGGACUUUAAAAAUAACGAGACCCUGACUGAUGUGACAAAGUCCACCUCAGUGGAUGUGCUGCUGACAAACCUCAUCAGGGGGAAACUGCUUCCCUCUGCUCACCUCUGGAUAACCACACGACCUGCAGCAGCCAGUCAGAUCCCUCCUGAGUGUGUUGACAGGGUGACAGAGGUCAGAGGGUUCACUGACCCAAAGAAGGAAGAGUACUUCAGGAAGAGGUUCAGAGAUGAGGAGCAGGCCAAAAGAAUCAUCUCCCACAUCAAGACAUCCAGAAGCCUCCACAUCAUGUGCCACAUCCCAGUCUUCUGCUGGAUCACUGCUACAGUUCUGGAGGAUGUGCUGAUGACCAGAGAGGGAGGAGAGCUGCCCAAGACCCUGACUGAGAUGUACAUCCACUUCCUGGUGGUUCAGUCCAAACUGAAGAACAUCAAGUAUGAUGGAGGAGCUGAGACGGAUCAACACUGGAAUAAAAAGAGCAGGAAGAUGAUUGAGUCUCUGGGAAAACUGGCUUUUGAGCAGCUGCAGAAAGGAAACCUGAUCUUCUAUGACUCAGACCUCACAGAGUGUGGCAUCGAUAUCAGAGCAGCCUCAGUGUACUCAGGAGUGUUCACACAGAUCUUUAAAGAGGAGAGAGGACUGUACCAGGACAAGGUGUUCUGCUUCAUCCAUCUGAGUGUUCAGGAGUUUCUGGCUGCUCUUCAUGUCCAUCUGACCUUCAUCAACUCUGGAGUCAAUCUGAUGUCAGAAAAAAAAACAACCUCUUCUAAACCUUUUAGAAACAAUAAUUUCUACCAGAGUGCUGUCAACAGGGCUUUACAGAGUCCAAAUGGACACUUGGACUUGUUCCUACGCUUCCUCCUGGGUCUUUCAUUGCAGAAAAAUCAAACUCAACUACAAGGUCUAGUGACAGGAAGUAUGUUACAGCACAAUCAGAAAACUACCAAGUAUAUCAAGAAGAAGAUCAGUGAGAAUUUGUCUCCAGAGAGAAUCAUCAAUCUGUUCCACUGUCUGAAUGAACUGAAUGACAAUUCUUUAGUUGAGGAGAUCCGAAAAUACCUAAGACCAGGUAGUCUCUCCACAGGCAAAUUCUCUCCUGCUCAGUGGUCAGCGUUUGCCUUCAUCCUUCAGUCAUCAGAAAAAGAUCUGGAUGUGUUUGACCUGAAGAAAUACUUGGCAUCAGAGGACGUUCUUAUGAGGCUGCUGCCGCUGGUCAAGACAUCCAAAAGAGCUCUGCUGAAUGGUUGUAAUCUCUCAGAGAAAAGCUGUGAAGCUCUUUCCUCAGUUCUCAAUUCACAGUCAUCCAAACUGAGAGAGCUGGACCUGAGCAACAAUGACCUGCAAGACUCAGGAGUGAAGCUGCUCUCUGCUGGACUGAAAAGACAACACUGUAGACUGGAGACUCUAAGACUGUCAGGCUGUCUGAUAACAGAUAAAGGAUGCUCUUCUCUGGCCUCGGCUCUGAGAUCUAAUCGCUCUAAUCUGAGAGAGCUUGACCUGAGCUACAAUCAUCCAGGAGACUCAGGAGUUAAACUGCUGUCUGCUGCACAGGAGGAUCCACUCCAUAAACUGGACACUCUCAGAGUGGACCAUGUUGGAGAGCAGUGGCUGAAACCUGGUCUGAAGAAGUAUGCCUCUGAACUCACUCUGGACACAAACACAGUACACAGAAAGCUCAAACUGUCUGACAACAACAGGAAGGUGACACAUGUUGAGGCGGAGUCUUCGUAUCCAGAUCAUCCAGAAAGAUUUGACCACUGGUAUCAGCUGCUGUGUAUAGCAGCUCUCACUGGUCGCUGUUACUGGGAGGUCGAGUGGAGCGGAGAUGUGGAUGUGUCAGUGACCUACGGUGCCCUCCAAAGGAAAGGAGACAUAUCUGAAUCGAAAUUUGGAGGGAAUGAACAGUCCUGGAGUCUGAUCUGUUCUGAUGAACAUGGUUAUUUAGCCUGUCACGACAACACUAGAACAGUCCUGUCCUCCUCCUCCUCCUCUGUCUCUCACAGAGUAGCAGUGUAUGUGGACCAUCCAGCUGGCACUCUGUCCUUCUACAGAGUCUCCUCAAAUACUCUGACCCACCUCCACACCUUUAACACCACCUUCACUGAACCCCUGUUUCCUGGGUUUAGGUUACUGUCUGGUGCCUCAGUCUGCCUGAUCUCCCUGUAAACAGUCAGUCUGUUGCGACCUAUAUUUACCUGAUUUUGAAUCUGCAUCGCUUCAUGACUGUGGUCUAACAGCAGCACAAGCCUGUACUGCAGUACUUAGAAAGUACGCAGCUGAAGCUAAUCAGCAACAAUAGCCUCCCUUCUCCACGGAUGACUACUAGUCAUUUGUGAAGACUUUCUCUUGAUUUUUCUCAAAAAGUAAAAUCAGCUUAAAAUUGGCGUGGAUAGAGCCAGGGACGUGUGAAAUAAGAGUGCAUAAAUUUUUUCUUGUCACCUAUUAAUUACAGAUUAUUUAAAUACGAAAUAUGAAUUGCGUCUUCCAUCGGACUGUGUCAUCCCUCAACCACCGCCGUCCUCAUUCAUGCUGCGGUCCAUUCACCCUACACCCUAACACUUGUUAUGAAUUGGCGCUAUACAAAUAAUGAUUGAUUGAUUGGUGACAUUUUUAGUGUGUUUAAUGUCAUUCGUGCACUUUCCCUUUAAUUGUUUUAAAUAUAAUACAUGAAAACCCAAAUGAACUGUUUACCCUCAAUAAUAAUCCACUCCGGGGGCUCAUCGAUGGCGGUCUCCAUGCUGGAAAUGCUGUCUCAGUCUAACUUUCAGUCAACCUAACGACAGGCUGAGAGCUGGAGCUGAGGCGGGUUUUAAACCUCCUGACAAACCGUUACACCGCGCCCACCUGUCAAUCAGGUCAGCUACACGCCCAACUCUAUAACACAUAUCAUUUUCAAAUUCAAAACGGAGCCGGGUGCCGUUUAAAAAAAAUAAUCAUCUCUGUACAGUGUGUGCCAGUGAUGACAAUAACUAUCAGACGUAUUUCUUUUUUGUACCGGGCUGUAAACAUGCUUAUUUAUGAUGUAAAAACAGAUUUUUUGCCAGUCAUGUGUAUGUGAGUUCCUGAUGCCAGCCUCAAGCGGACACUCCAGGAACUGCAGGAUUUUGUACUUGAUUAUUACUUCAUGUUUUAAUUUUUGAGCUCCUUUUCCUCAUAACAAACUUUCCACAAUAAUUACUGCUUCUUUUUUAAUGGAUGGAUAUCACAUGAUGCGCACUGUAAUUUGUUUUUCACUUAUUAAAUCAUGUUUUAUAUUUAAA